AUGGCUCGUAAUGCGGGAACUUUUGCUCCUGGCCGGCAGUUGUUCAAGAUCUUCAUGGAACUCUGUGUAGAGAAUUUACUGGAUUUUGAACUAAAAACUGCACCAUUCGACCCUGGUAGAUCUUGACGCCCAGAUAUUAUGUUGAAUGAUCAAAGUGUGACACAAAAGCACAAGCUUUACCGCCGAAUAGCAAAAUGACCUGAAAAUGAUACUAUACUAUAUGCAAAGAUGACCACCUUCAUUCCCAAGCGGUGAGCUUCCAUCCGUACCAAAGAAAUUCUUACCACUUGUGAUCAUUCUCAUCAAUUCCCCAUCAAUUCGCCUCACAAUGAUCCAUUCUGACAAAAGGUGGCUGGCUACCUCUCGUCUCCCAACACACUUGACCAAACCUUUCUCAACGCCACAAGAGAACCUUGUACUCAGAUCUAUCACAAUCUAGAUCACGAAAACAUGCAAGGUAAGCGCUAGAGCCCAAAGUUCGUGCUGGAGAAUAAGCGCUGCGGCGUAGUUUUCUGUGCCGCACCCGCUGAUAAGUAAGAACCUGGGGUCUUGGCCCCGUAAACUGCUAGAGAAAGUGAGAUAUGCAUAAACAACUCACAUAAUGAUCAUGGACUGGGAUGGCGCUGUAUGCAGGUAACGUGUAUGCAGGAACUAGGGACCCAAAUAUUCUCCGGUUUUCGAAUUUGUGGUACUCCUCCGCCUUUGGGAUAUCUGCCAAGACAUCAAGGAGAAUCAAGCGAACCCCUGAUUUGCUAUGUUGAUAUCUGUAAGUGGUAAAUAUACGGUAAAUGGGAACUAGGUAAUCUCUGUACAGAGUCAACUGUAGAGGGUUCUGGGUAGAGUGAGAGUUCUUAGACACAUAUUUUGAACUUUGGGAAAAUCACGAACCUUUCGUUGGGCAACCAAGAAAACAACAGCACUCACGUUUCCCUUCUCGAUCCCAAGAAGGAUCUAUCAUUUAUUCUCUUAAACAUUUAUUUCGAAAUAGCAGUAUGAAUCCAUACAAUCUCUACUGUGUAAAUACUGACAAUGACAGCAAUGCGCCCAAAACACAUCUACGCCAAAUUAGAGGACGAAUCAAUAUCUUCAUCACAAACCGGCCUAGUAUCUCAAGAAAUAAGAAGACCAUGGAUAUCCCUUAUAGCGACCGUCAUAGCAACAGCCAUAUUUUCAUCUUCCCUCACAAUCGCCAUCAUGACAACUCUCUCGCCUCAUGGAAUCUCCUUCCAACAAAUUAUCUCACCUCCCUCCUCAUCCCACAACCCAGCCAGCACAAAACUCAUCCACUCACCACUCCCCCUCCAAACCCACACACCCCCAACCCCCCGACCCAACUGCGGAACCACCCUCACCGAAGCCAAAAGCCUAAACUGCACAUUCGACCCCCUCUCCGUCGCCUGGCUCCCACCAGACUGCCCACGGGACGGAACCUCAGAAUUCAUCGACUUCCUAGGAAACGGCACGAAGUGGAAAUACUGGUACGACCGCGCCGGGACGCAAGAAAUCGGCUCACCGUACGAACUCGCCCACAUUGGUGAGAAUGGAACGUAUUGGACGACGCAGCGGGAGCAUGUCACGCAUUGUGCGUUUAUGAUGUUGCGGGUGCAUCGGGCGAUGGAGAGAGAGGAUGGGAGGGGCGAUAUGUUGGUGAGGAAGUAUGAGCAUUCGAGGCAUUGUUUGAUGUAUUUGGUUACUUUGGCGAGGGGGGAGAAUGAUGAGAGGAUUACUACCAGUGGGAAUGUGGGGUUUGGGGAUUGUUGA